AUGCAGCCCACUCGCCCUGAUUCCACUAGCCGCACAGCUGGAAACGAACGCGAACAAGAACAUGGACAGGGGCGCAAGUCGCAGGUCAGGACAAACAAUGGUGAAGCUACUCAGCAGGCGCAGUCGCAUGAUUCCGGAGGAGUGACCGCACACCGACAAGAGAAUCGCGGAGGAAAUGGACGUGUUACGCGGGGACGCUUUGAGGACAUGGACCGCGAAUCGCUGAUGAAGGAGAUACGCAAGUUACGGAGGGGUUACAAGGAUGCGCACCAGAAGCUCGAGGAAGUAACUGGGCAGGUGGGGGGGCUGCAGCGAUCGCUUGCGGAGGCGGAGAACAAACUCACGGUCACAGCGACGUUGUUGGACGAGAGGACAGCCACCCUUCGCGCUACUGAGACGCUCCUCACGAAGAACGAUCAGUAUUCGGACGCCGACGUUUUGCGACUCGUGAAUGAGCUGAACGACCACAUCCUACAAGCGUCCGCACAGAUCGCAGAUGCAAGGAUCAGGCUCUCCCCUCAGACUUCACGCCAUCAAGGAGAUAUCGAUGAAGCAAAACAGAGAAUCGAGUCCUCUGUCGGAGCGAAGAUGGUCCAGCUCCUGCAGUCACGUCUCCAUGACAGGCCAUCCGUCCUCCAGAUGGCGUUUCAAGCUUGCAUCGUGUUUUGCGCAAGUAGAAUCAUUAAAGCUUGGGUAUUUCAACACUUCGGUGAUCGUAAGAUAUUCGACGAGGUCCACAAGAGGAUUCACGCAAAUGGUGAGUGGUAUCGCAGCGACAAAGGAAGGAAAACGCUGAGUUUAAAGGGUGAUUAG